AUGUCCUUCACAUUAACCCUCCACCUCUGGCUCACCAAACUCUCACCACAUUGCAAUUUCGCUACUCGACCGGCACCUCCAACCCAUUUACCUUCCCCUGGGAAGCUGGCAUUCCCAACACCCCAUUCUGGGACACGUUCUCCUUCAGCCAAGCGGCCUCAAGCCAACCAGAGAAAAUGGCCGUUAUCCUCGACAUCCCUCCAGGAAAAGAUCAAACACGAGGAAGCCAGAUACACUCUCCCAGACAACUUCCAUAACGCUGAUCAUACCCUCUACAGACGUUUCUGGCUUGCUGUCGCCAGCGUCAGCGUAGCCUUGGGACAAACGGACAAGGCGGAGGCCGCGUAUCGAACGCUCGUUACUAAUAGAGAGGACAAGAAUGAUCUGGUGCCUGUUUUCAACCUCUCAGGCUUUUUGAUUCAUUAUGGUACUACGAGCAAAGUUCAAGAGGGUUUGGGAUUGACUGGACCUUGUUUGGAGUGGUUGGAUAAGAAGCUGGGCAGGGCAUCGCCGCAGGGUAUUGAGGUGAUGGGGAAUAUUGCGGAGGCAGAGUGGAAGAUGGGAAGAAGGGAAGAGGCGGAGGGGAUGAUCAAGGAGGCACAUGAGUGUAUUGAUGAAUUGAAGGGGACGAAGUUUGCUGUCUAUGAGGAUGAUGAGAGGGAGUUUACGCAGGAGUGGGAGAAGGGGCUGAGGGAAUAG